CUCACACAGGGCUGUAGCUGAUAUGAAACACAGAGCCAAACACUGAACUCUUGAUCCCUACUGACCUGUUACCAUGCCAACUCCCACAAUCCUCACAGCAACCGGAGUCCUUUGAGAAGUUGUUAGGUUUUACGAGCACAUUAACAUCUGUGAGGGAUACGCUCAGUUAGCAGAGAUGGUUAGCCAGUGGGCCCCCCUUCUGAUUUCCAUGUUGCUGGUGAGGAUGGGACUUGUGGGUGGAUGUGUGUGUCCAGCAGCCACCAUUUUGUCCCAGUUUCCCUUUGAGGUUCCCGCUGACGUCUGUUGCUUGAACUUCUCUGGCUCCACUUUCAGCCACGUGCACUGGACUGUGUUUACAAAUGAUACAAACAUACAGACACUGGAUCUCUCCUCCUGUAAUAUCAGUUCUGUUAAUACUACUGGCAUGGAUACCUCAUCUUUGCAGAAGGUAUACUUAGGUCAUAAUAAACUAAAAGACUUACCGAGGGAGUUUCUUGCCAAUCAGCCACACCUGACGAAGCUGGAUCUGAGUGGGAACUUGAUUCGGCAGCUUCCUGAAGGUUUUCUCCAGAACUCAGAGAAUCUCCAGAAGCUGUAUCUGCAAGGAAACCAGCUCCACCACCUCCCAGGCUCUGUGCUGCAGAAGCCCAGCCUGCAAACACUUGUUCUGGAUGGGAACCCCUGGGACUGCUCCUGCCUGUUACUCAAAGGCCUGGAGGAAGGCAGGAAGGUUAACAGGACCGCUAACUUUGACGAUCUGGUGGGGAACUUGACCUGCGUGUCUCCGAGACAUCUUGCUGACAUGACUGUGUUGUAUGUAAAACUAGCCGACGUGUGUCGGCCGGCUGGUCUCACCGCGCUCUUCAUCGUGCUCCCUCUUCUCAUCCUCUCCGCUCUGAUUCUUUGCUGGUGCUGUGGGAGGAAGAGGAAGAAAAAAGAGACACCUAUAAGCAACUCCAAAAAGAGAGCUUACAGUUCAAGUAGCAAUGGCCAAAAGCAUCACAAAAAGCAACAACCUGUGGUUACAGUGCAGAGUAAAGAUGGACUCUGCAGAAAUGAGGGGAUCCUGAAGAACCAGCUGCUGCUACGCCCGGCAUCCACCCUCUUGGGAAGCACCAGGGACAUUUACGAAGAGGUGGUGAUUAAACUAGGCUCAGUGGAGUCUCUUCACAAAGAACGCUCAUGUUGUUCCUCCACAGAGGGGAAGCAGGGUCCACAGGAGCCUGAUGGGGUCAGUAAGACAGAGCUGGACACAGUCAGUGUGACGGAGGUGAUGAAAGACUCAGCAGACAGAGAGAAGGCUUACAUGACUCAGUCAACUGAAUACUACAGCCUGGUGCCGGGCAUUGAACUGGAGGACUCGGAUCACGGGGAGUAUGAGAACGUCAGUCUCUCGUGACACCAUCUUAAGGGAAUUCGUUUUUUUGUUUUGUUUUUUGGAUGAGAAUUAGAUAAGAACAUAUGCACCAAUUUUGUUCGUUUGAAUCCACCACAAUGGGAUGACCAGGUUUUACAUGAACACAACCAUUUUUCUGCCGGAGUCAGUUGUUAUUUGUUAAUAAGUAGUAAGAGACUUUGUAUUUUCAUCCACGCAUUUCUCACUGGCCUGAGCGAGGCCUGAAUAUUUAAAGCUUGCGAGAUAACUGCUAACUGUAACACAGUUGUCUAACCUUUUUUUUUAAUGUCUUGUUUACUUCCGCCUGACAUUUUGAGUCAUUCACCAUCAUGUCGAUUCAUUUCACUCAUCAAAAAAAGGGGGGGGGGGCAUUCAGCUGAGCUGCAUAGCUUACUCCUAAAGUAGCAUCAGGCUAACUCAGCAGGUGGGACAUCAUGUGUUUGAAAUUAAUUUGUAAAAUCAAGUCCUGUCUCAUUAACUGCCUGUAAACCAU